AUGGCAUAUGCAUCUUUGUGUGGAAGUUGCCUUAGUGACAUGUUUAUAUCCGGGUCAUAUAGUUUUAGGAGCAUUUAUUAUAAAUACGAAAAUAAGGAGGUUGCCAACAACAAGGAUGUUGCACGCCCUACUGCUCGAGAACAUGUUUAUCAUAUUAGUGGAGAAGAAGCACCAUCUUCCUCAGAACAUAUUCAAGGUGAGUGUUUAAUUGUUGGAAAGAUACUUUUUGUGAUAUAUGAUUCUGGAGCGACAAACUCGUUCAUUUCAUUAGAUUGGGUGGAUUCGCUCCAACUAGAUGUCACUACCUUGCCAUUUGAUUUACUGCAACUAUGUCAUGUUAGAGUACGCCUGACGAAAUGUGCUAUUUCCAUAUCUCGAUAUUUCGAAGUUCCUUUUAGCCAACAGACUGAAGUUUUCUUUGAAGGGAGGAGUUCAAAAACAUGUGUUUCUGAACCCAUCAAUAUGACUCAAGAGGUUGUUGUCGAUGAGAUCCCAGUGGUGAAAGAUUUCUCUAAAGUUUUCCCACCUGACGUACUAAGACUACCCCCAAUCUGUGACGUCGAAUUUUCUAUCAAUGUUAUUCCCAGUACUGGACCCAUAUUUAUGUCCUUACAUAAUGUCCCCUUAGAGCUAUCAGAACUAAAGAACCAAUUGGAAGACUUUAUGUCUAAGAAAUCCAUUUGGCCUUGUGUGUCAUCAUGGGGAGCCCUCGUAUUAUUGGUCAAGAAGAAGGAUGAAAAGACGAGAUUGUGUGUUGAUUAUUGA